AUGUCCAAGCCAACAGACGCCCCACCGGCCUACUACGCCGGCGGCCAGGGCCCCGAGGCGCCCAAGCCAACCUACGACGGCCAGCAACAACAACAAUACCCAGGCGGCUACCCACCACAGCAGCAGGGAGGGGGCUACUACCCCCCGCCCCAGGACGGCGGCUACUACCAGCAGCAGAACAUGGGCUACGGCGCGCCCCCGCCGGGCCCCUACGGCCCCCAGGGCCCGUACGACCCCAACAUGCCCCCGCCCCAGGGCCAGUACCCGCCCCCCGGCGCCUACUACCAGCAGGGCCCGCCGUACGGCCAGUACCAGGACAACCGCGGCCAGCAGAGGGGCCCCGGCAUGCUGGAGGGCAUCAUGGCCGCGCUGUGCUGCUGCUGCUGCUUGGAUAUCCUCAUCUAG